AUGUCCCAGAGAUAUAGUUCCAGCAAACAUUACUCUUCCUCCUGCAGUGGAGGAGGAGGUUCAUCUGUCAGAGUCUCAAGCAGUAGAGGCUCUGGCUAUAUGCUUGGCUCUCUUGGUGGAGGAUUUAGUUCAGGUGGGGGUGCUAGCUAUGGCAGCUGCUCACAAGGGGGCUUUGUCAGUGGAUCAGUAAGGGGCCUUGGAGGAGGCUUUCGUGGUGGCAGCUAUAUUGGGAGUAGCUUUGAUGGUGUUAGCUAUGGUGGAGGAAGCUUUGGUGGAGUCAGUUUUGGUGGAGUCCUUGGGGGAGGCGAUGGAGGCCUCCUCACAGGCAACGAGAAGGUCACCAUGCAGAACCUGAAUGACCGCCUGGCCUCCUACCUGAACAAAGUACAAGCUCUAGAGGCAUCUAACUCUGAGCUAGAGCAAAAAAUCAAGGAAUGGUAUGAGAAACGUGGCAACGCAAAUCGGCAAGAACCUCGUGACUACUCUCAUUACUAUGACCAAAUCAAAGAACUUAAGGAUCAGAUCUUGAAUCUAAGUACUGACAAUGCUAAUGUGCUGCUGCAAAUUGACAAUGCCAGGCUGGCUGCUGAUGACUUCAGACUGAAGUAUGAAAAUGAAGUGACCCUGCGUCAAAGUGUGGAGGCUGACAUUAAUGGCCUGCGCAGAGUCCUGGAUGAUCUGACCUUGGCCAAGACUGACCUAGAAAUGCAGCUUGAAAGCUUGAAUGAGGAGUUGACCUUCCUGAAAAAGAACCAUGAGGAGGAAAUGAAAGAUCUUCAGAAUGUGUCCACUGGAGAUGUGAAUGUGGAAAUCAAUGCUGCUCCAGGAGUGGAUCUGACUGAAUAUCUGAACCGCAUGAGAACCGAAUAUGAGGCAAUAGCUGAACAAAACCGUAGAGAUGCUGAAGCCUGGUUCAAUGAAAAGAGCAAGGAGCUGACCAUAGAGAUCGAUACCAAUGCGGAACAAGUAUCCAGCCACAAAUCCGAGAUCACUGAAUUGAGACGCAGUGUACAAGCUUUGGAGAUUGAACUACAGUCACAACUGGCCCUGAAACAAUCCCUGGAAGCAUCCCUGGCAGAGACAGAAGGUCGUUACUGCAUUCAGCUUUCACAAAUCCAGGGCCAGAUCACUGCUCUGGAAGAGCAGUUACAGCAGAUCAGAGCUGAAACAGAAUGCCAGAAUUCAGAAUACCAGGUGCUCCUCAAUAUCAAGAUCCGCCUGGAGAAUGAAAUUCAGAUGUAUCGCAGCCUGCUAGAGGGAGGAGGCACAUCUGGAGGUGGUGGCCAUGAAGGAAGUUCUGGUGGAUAUGGAGGAAACUCUGGUGGUGCAGUAUAUGGUACAAGAUCCAGUGUUGUUCAGGGGGGUGGUAACUCCAGUGCUGGAUAUGAAGGAAGCUCUGGCGGCAGCAGAGAAUUCAAAAGUUCUGUCUCCAGAGGAGGUUCAAUUGGAGGACAAGGAGAAAGCAUUGUAUCUGGUGGAGAAUCUCCUUCUAAAAACAGCUCUGGAACAAGAUUCUAAUAGAAGCCAUUUGAUCAAGACCAUUGUUGAAGAGGUGGCCCCUGAUGGUAGAGUUCUUUCAUCCAGAGUGGAAUCAGAGAC